AUGGCAUCUCAUCAAGGACAAGUGAUUGCGAUUACGGGUGCAGCAAGCGGCAUGGGGCUCGCCGCUGCUCAACUACUCGCUUCUCGGGGCGCCAUAAUCUCUCUCGCCGAUUUGAAUGAGGAAGCGUUGGAGGUCGCCAUUAAGUCACUCCCGGGUGGUAGAGAAAAGCAUAUCUUUACUCGGGUUGAUGUCCGCGAUGAUGGGCUGGUUGAUGCAUGGAUAGAAAAGACCAUGUAUAGAUAUGGAAGGCUUGACGGAGCUGUGAAUAUGGCAGGAGUCUUAGGACCUUCAGCAUCAGUCACCGAGCUUACGAAAAAGAAGUUCGAAUUCGUUCUGUCGGUUAACGUUUCUGGGGUUUUCAAUUGUCUCAACGCGCAACUCAAAGUUAUGAAGAAGGGCAGCAUUGUAUCGGCAGCUAGCACAUUUGGACAGAUAUCCAUGCCUAAUUCCUCCGCAUACUGCGCCAGCAAAGCCGCUGUGAUUGCCCUAUCGAAGUCGGCUGCAAAGGAAAACAGGAACGUCCGGAUCAACUGCGUCGCCCCAGAAAAUGAAGGGACCGUACUUACCCCAAUGUCCGCCCACGGCGACCCAAAACGAUCGGAGUCGGGUAUAAUGGAGAACGCACAGAAAAGAGUUGGAUCUCCGGAUGAGGUCGCCAAGGUCAUCGCUUUUCUACUAAGCGACGAGUCGAGCUUUGUGACUGGAGCUGUACACAACGUCGAUGGCGGCUGGGUAUACUAA